AUGGUGCUCCACAGUCAUCUGGCCCGCUCAGCGGCGCUACUCCUUGUCGCUUGCGGCCUCGGCGCCGCAGAAACAGCCGACAGCGCGGCGGGCAGCGCACCCGGCGCAUCCACCGGCGCAGCCGACAUUCCAAACGUGACGGGCAAGCUCGGCGACGCUGCCUCCAUCACCAACAACCCGCCGGGGAGGUACCGGGCAGGAUGGAUGGCGACGCCGUCGAACCCCUUCUCGGGCUCCAUCGAGGCCAUCAGCAGCCCGAACGGCAAGGGCGUCAUCUUCCUUGUCAACCUUGAGAACUUGCCUGCCCAGGGAGGCCCUUUUAGCUAUCACAUACACGACCAGCCAGUGCCCGAUGAUGGCAACUGCAACAAGACGCUGGCGCACCUCGACCCGUACCAAAGAGGGCAAAAGCCCGAUUGUGACGCGGGCGAGCCCCAGACCUGCGAGGUUGGGGACUUGUCCGGCAAGCAUGGAAAGAUUGAAGGGACCAACGUCCAGGACCGCAUGUUCCACGACAUGUACACAUCCCUGGCGGAGGGAAUUGGCGCCUUUGUGGGAAACCGCAGCGUGGUGAUUCACUUUGCCAACACGACGCGGUUCGCGUGUUCGAAUUUCGUGGCCGUGUAUCCGGAUCGACAUAAAGCAGACGAGAAGCAUCGGCCAAUGAACAAAGAUAACAUGGCACCUCAUGCCAGGCGCAUGUUGAGCUUCAUGAAGGCGUUGCGUGGUGUUUGA